CUCGCAUAGCAGCACUACACCCCAACCACGUCGGGAGGGAGAUGGCGGCGCCAGUGGAAGCCACCGCGACCGACGACGACGCGUACGCAGACCUGUACGAAAAGUUCACGUACCUUCAGCAACAGACAAAUCGCCUGGCGGCAGCGUAUACACUCGCAAUUCAGGACUUGGAGGUCUUGAAUGGCGACAACAAGAUCUUGAAGGACAAAUUGGUCCAGAUUCGUGUGAGGCGGCGAAAUCUUGCGGCUAAGGCGGAGGCGACGAUGUGCUCAAACAUGACUUCCAAGGCUCUCUUCUGUCGGCGAAACCGGAGAGUCCUUCGGAAGCAAUUCCCUCUCGUGACAAGGGAGCAGCUGUCAGCAAUCGUCGACGACGAAUAUGAGUCGCUCCCGAACGAGGCGGCUGAGCAAUGGCAACGAGAGUUCAAGACGUACGUUCCUAAACCGCCUCCGAAGGGGCUAAAAGAAGAGGUGGUGCCGCGAUCGUCGGGUGCGGCAUUGCCUUCCUCAUCGUUAUCGACGGCGGAUAUAACGACUCCUGUAAAGAAAGCUCCAGCGAAACCCCGGAGAAAGCCAGCAAAGGCCGCCGCCUCGGGUGUCCCAACCGAGGAUGUGCCCAAACCAAAGCGUGCAACCUCGAAGAAGAAAGCAACGGAGAAGGCUCCUGCAGGUGAAAGGAAACCUUCCGCCAAGAAACAGCGCACGUCGCCACCCAAGGCAGCUCCAGGUGCUAGAGUAGCAAAGCGAUCGACCCCGACCAAGUCAAAGGGCAAAGCCGCACCAAAGGACGUGCUUUCCGUCCCCAUGAAGAAGGAUGGUGCCAGUGUUACAGGGGCCGACGACGACGACUCGUCCGACUCGAGCAACACCAAUAGCAGCGGGAACAGCAGCAUGCCGCCUAGUGACGACGACAGCGACGACAACCUCAUGCACUUGCCAACUGGGGCAUUUGGUUAGACUUGUUUUAGUUGUUGCAUGACGCGCUGGACACUGUCCGCGCGGAAUCGUAGACCAAGUCGGGCCUCUAUUUCAGGCCGGGACAGAUGCGUUUGGAUGCUAUCGUACUCGAGGACGUCGGCGGCUCUGGCCAAGUUAACGAGCAGUACAAUCUACAUCCACCAUGAACAAAACCCACACGGAGAUUGCAAUCGACCUGAUCGAGACGGGUAAAUUCAGCGCGAAGACUGACGGGGCCGCUGUGGGUGGGAAAUUGGCCACACAGAACGGACAGCUGGCGCACUUCCUUCUCCAACUGCAUCGCGCCGACUUCGUUGAACGCCUUUUGG